AUGGGUCAAAGUACGAGCUUCCGUUUACCUACGUGUACGAAAAAGAGUACAUAUAAGUAUUUUGUACUGUGUACGCUGGAAAGGAAGCAAAGUUGCAGGAUUCUACUGGCUUUCCGUGUACCGGCGUCGUCAACGUCCGUAGAUUACACCAUAAGCGACUCUCAGUUGCUACGUCAACAUGGUAUUCGUGUUCAUGAUGGUGCUUCGGGUCAACCCCGACCUGCGGAUCAGCGGCGUGAAGUUAUCGCGCUGGAUGCUGAGGCAGCACAUGCUCUAGAUCACUACUGCGACCGUCAGAUGCUCUGCGUACUCAAACGCUAUAAUUACCCUGCUGGUCGGAAGAUGGUAAACAUGAAGAAACGUGCGAAAAACGAGGCUAAUGCUCUUCGCAGGCUGAGACGUUGCAAGCGCAUUGUCACGCUGCUUGACGCUUUCGAGUUCGAUGGCGCCACCUACUAUGCCAUGGAGUAUCUGUGGCGUGGCACGCUAUGGAGUUUGAUACGGCGGAACAAAGGGCUUGAUGUCAGCACCACGAAGGCGUAUGCACUCCAGGUGGCGAUGGCAAUAGACGCUAUGCACCGGCAAGGUAUCACUCAUCGAGACGUGACAGCCAGCAACAUCAUGAUUUCUUCAACGGGGCAUUUGAAGAUUAUUGAUUUCAAUUUGUGCAGACUGCUCGAUCACCGCGACACACGGAUGAACUCUUUUUUGGGCACGUACAGUUGCAUGCCACCGGAGGUCCUGCAUUGCAACGUCAAUUCAUCGCUGGUGUCCGGUGGCUCCACUUACACAAAGGAAGUGGAUUGGUGGUACUUCGGUUCGCUGGUGUACGAAAUGCUGACUGGAGAGACCCCGUUUACCAUUGAGAGCAAGGACAACGAUGAGCAAUUCUACAACAGGGUUAUCAGGAGCCCCAACACAAUCGACUUUGGUCCAAUAUGUGAUGUAGAUGCGGCGGACCUAAUCACGCAACUCAUGCAAGGGGUCCCAUCGGCACGACUGGGUGCUAUGGGCGGUUCGGCAUGCGUGAUGAAGCACAAGUUUUUCGCCGGAAUUCGGGGGGGCUUGACGUCAAGCACUAUACCAACGAACUAUAUUGAAGCGCGAAUUUUUGAUUGCAUAAAGGUUUGUACAUGCGGCAUGGAUUACACCACGUACAGGCCAUGA